UGUCACUCCAGGCCGUAAUAUACCAAGCAGUCUGCUCCAGUCAUCUCCGCUUCCGUCGGGAGGAACCGUUCGCCGUGUGCAGCACCGGAGACGAGUCAGCGUCGUGACCCUCGUACCGCUAACCUUCAAAUGCUGCCUGCCCUUUGUAAGGACGCGUCUGGCACUAUGCUUACCUUUGUUAACCGAGGAGCAAUAUCACUGAUUACGGCUGGUUUUGUGGUGUGCUGUUUUCUUACCGCAAGUUCUGCAAACGUUCCUUGUACGUCGGAUAGCUACCACUGCAUGGACGGAGGCGGGCGCUGUAUCCGGCCCAGUCUUGUCUGUGACGGAGCCAAAGACUGUGCCGGCGGAGAUGAUGAAUUUUUCUGUCAAACUCCGGAUGAUGGUUGCAGCAUGGGAAGAACUCUGUGCGCAACCGACGACGCAUGCGUCAACAUGACAGCGGUGUGUGAUGGGACAGAUGACUGCCCCGGACACGGGGAUGAACUAGGAUGUGGCGAGCCAUGUCCGCCCCAGUGCCUAUGUGGCGGCUACAACCUCCUCUGUUACGGUGUGCCCUGGGAUGCAGCCUCGGCUAGUUGGGUUUCCAGGGACACGGUAAACCUCUUAGCGAUAAAUCUGGGAGAAUUCCAUUCCAAUACCAGUCAAGCCGGUACCAGCAGGGGCGGUGGUGCAUCACAGUCCGUGAAAGAAAGUAUCCAUCUAGACUUCACAGAGUUCAAGCACCUCAGGAUCUUAACUCUUGUGAGUGAUAAAAUUGGGUACCUCGACGAAGAUUCAUUUCCAGGCUUAAAACACGUCCACACUUUAUUACUGUACAGUAACGAUAUCACGACUGUUCAACCAAGAAGUUUCCGCGACAUGUCGGCAUUACAAGUUUUGUUUCUUUCCCAAAAUACUAUCGCAGACCUACCCGUUGAAGCAUUUUCCGGAUUGAGCAGUCUCCAGCAACUUCACCUCAACAAAAAUGCCGUGAGGAGGCUGCCUGCUGAUGCCUUUUUACCGCUUCGGUCUCUAGACAGACUGAAUUUGAUGGACAAUGAAAUCGACACGAUCGAAUACGGCGCCUUCCGAGGUCUUCGAAAUCUCAAACAUCUAUUUUUGAGCAGGAACAACAUAACGGAACUGAUCCCUGGCGUGUUCGAGCCACUCAUACAACUUAAAGCACUGCAUCUUGAUCUGAAUAAUCUCGUCUUUUUGAGAAACGGCACUUUCAGCGGCCUUUCCGAGCUCGAGUAUUUGGAUCUCUCAGAAAAUCCAAUCAUUGCAAUCGAGAAAGGCGCUUUUGCAGGCUUGUCGGCUGCAAUGAACGAACUCUACAUGGUUCAGAUGAAGACGGAUAUUGCAGAUCUGGAACGCGGCAUGUUCGACGGGUUAGAGUCCCUUUAUUCGUUUUCAGCUGAUGAUCACCGGCUUUGUUGUCUGCUCAGUGCCAGCACAGAGUGCCACACUCCUCCGUCACCCUUUGCCACCUGCGAGGGCCUCCUUCGCCAGACCGUUCUCCGCGCCUUCAUAUGGAUCCUAGGUCUGAGUGCCGUGGUGGGCAAUGUCUUCGUGAUCUUUUGGCGCCACAGGCAGAGGCACACGGAACCGCACAACCGAGUCCAGAUCUUCCUGAUCCUCAACUUGGCCGUGGCUGACCUGCUGAUGGGCAUCUACAUGGUCAUGAUAGGCAGUGCGGACCUGCACUUUGGCCAGGACUACUUUCUGCACGCGGUCUAUUGGCGCUCAGCACCCCUCUGCAAGCUGGCUGGCGUCAUAUCCGUGGCCUCCAGCGAGGCGUCCAUGUUUAUUAUCACCGUUAUCAGCGUGGAUAGAUUCCUCUGUAUUGCCUUCCCUUUCGGCAACUUUCGGCUGCGCGUUCGUUCCGCUCGGGUCACCGUGGUGAUCACAUGGGCGCUGUCAGGCUUCUUGAGUCUCCUACCGAACGUCAUCGAGAAGUAUGUCCCAGGUUUUUACGGCCUGUCAGACGUUUGCGUGGGAUUGCCACUGGCUACUAAGUCGGAUUACAAGGCGUCUUGGCUUGAAACGGACAACUUGACCUUCGCGUUUGUCUUCGACGAAAUGGAUGAGAAGACGCCGGCCUCCUAUUACGCCAUUUUCAUGUUUAUUGUCGUGAGCCUCAUUUGCUUUGUGAUCAUUCUGGUGUGCUAUGUCGCCAUUUUCGUGUCCGUCAAACGCUCAUCUAAGGGCGCCACCAGGAGGCGGGAUCGAGACGAGGAAAUCAAAAUGGCAGUCAAGAUGGCGCUGAUCGUCGGCACUGAUUUCGCCUGCUGGAUGCCAAUCAUAAUAAUGGGACUUCUGUCGCAGACUGGAGCCGUCACGAUUCCAGUACAAACCUACGCCUGGACAAUGGUCUUUAUUCUCCCAAUCAACUCGUCCAUCAACCCCUACCUGUACACCAUAUCGACCUUGAUGACCCAGCGGUAUCAACUACGCAAACGAAGCGCAGAUGUUUCUCAGACGGCACCCCUUACGACCGGUGGCGGCAAUCUGAGUACCCAGCGUAGCUCUGUGAGCGCAAUCCCACCGACCUGCGUGGAAAGCACGUCACAAGACAUUCCGAUGAUUGUCAAAACCUAAUUGCUGACUCAAUCCGUCUCGAGCAGAAGCACCCCCUCAUCGGUUGAAAAAAGCCAUAUGGUCGGGAGUGUUCAUUUUGUUGGUAGCGAUGCGACUGCAAUGCGUGCAUUUGAAACUCGUUUGUGAACCAGCGAAGUGUCAGUCCGACCAAAGGAAGAAGUUGUAGGAAAAUUGCGCCCUCUCUUUGACUAGCUGGAGGCUCAUACAGCUGAGGUAAGCAUUCAGAAAGCGCUCCUCGAAACGGACGGAGGGUGGUUAAACUUCGCUUUUUUGCAAAGCACAAAUUCAGGAGCAGCCUUCACAAAAUGUCUUCAAAGUAUCAUCAUGAAACAGUGCGCCCUGAAUAGUUAUGGUUGAACAUCACCUCUGCGCUAAAAAUGGCUCACAGGCCCCCUGACUGGUUACUUUCAAGAAGCAAUGGUGAAAGUUUUCUGCCAUAUCUAUCAUAUCCCCCCCAACGUUCUGACUUGACUGAUCUAUAAUGAAAAUCAGUGUGAUCCGAAGCCGUUUAAUAACUGUCUUUAUUUCUAUACAUAUCGUCUGGAAGUAAUAUGAGCGACCAGUGAUCAAUGUAAAAAUAAUUGAGCUAUAUAGAAAUGACAGAGUAAAAAUAAAGUACUGGACCACCUCAGUAUUGGUACUUACUUGGAAACGUCCCAAAAACGUCCCAAGUCAUGUAUUGGUUUGAUGAACAGUACCAAUGAAAUUCCUCCAUUAAUUAAGAAACAUGAAUUUUCAAAUAAAUGUCUCGUCUCUACCCUCUUCCUCCGUCCUGCCUCUUCGGUUGAUUCAAAAAUUACCGCUUCUUAUGUUCCCGUAACGUCAUUGGUGCCCGUUUACAUAAACGGGAAAACAGGGAAGCCCGCCUGCAUGACAUAGAACACAAUAGUUUCCUAUGGCAUUUUGUACACUGAGAGCGGACAGACAGUGCGACCUGAGCGAUUUUUCAAGGGUGCCAUGCCGAGACAGUGCGAUCUUGCCAAUCAUCGGUCUCGGUUGGUAUGACGUCAUUGACUUACCCGCUUGGUACACCUUCAGUGGGAGAGUGCCCUUGUUACCAGAGCAUCUAGGUCGAAACUUCCUACUCACCGGUUUUUCAGAACCACAUUUCUCCUCCAAAACUCCCUUAAGGCCGGUUCAUACUUCAGGCGAAAGCGAAGCGAAUCUGACGUCACGACAAAUUUGCAGGUCAUUUUCGCUUGAACUGAAACUGGGUUCAACUUUUACAAAUUCUCAAUGCCAAUAUUUGACCUGCCCUCACAAAUUCGCGUGAGUUUUCGCUUUCGUGGCAAGUAUGAACCAGCGUUUAUGUGGUGCAUUCGCAAGCCUCAUGCUGUACCUCAAGUCCUGAGCAAUUAUUGUGGAGAGUAUAAAUAAGUUGCCAGCGAAGCUGCUCUCAACCUACAAUUGCAAAAAUAUUACUUUUCGUCAUAGCUUUCCAUUAUUGACUGAGCUGCGUGAUGAAUGGCAAUUAAUUUGUGGCCUGAAGUCCAGAGCCCUCACAUCAAGUAAAAAUUGCGGUUGAUGAACAGCCCCCAAAACAUCACAGGCCUAGAGCAUCAAUAGACCUGCAGUAGGUCUUCGGCAGGAACAACGGCCAUGCACCCGGAGCUAAUGUAGUGCUUAAUAGAAUUGUAGUUCUUUGUGGUGUUGUCUGUUUGAAUUUAAAUAUUUACCAAAGUGUCAUUUGUAAUUAACUCAAUGGUAUCUCAACUUUAACAUCGACUAAAAGCGAUUUCGUUCAUCAAAAUGAAGCUUUAGUUAUUACCCUUGAGUUCGUUGAUAUGCGGGUCAACAAUAAACUCAAAUAAGGUCACUA